CGCCCAGUGCUUGGUAGUCUAUUCCACCGUUAUACGAGAGAAGGAGAGAGCAUCCACCUGCGUGGAGAGCAACCUCACAGCAUGGAUGCGUUAAAAUCAGCCGGGAGAGCCAUCAUCAAGAGCCCGGGAGUUCCACGCCACACAUGGGGCACUUCCAAACACGAAAAACUCCCUGAGAAUUGGACGGACACCAAGGAGACUCUUCUGGAGGGCAUGGUGUUCAAUGUGAAGUACCUUGGCAUGACACUGGUGGGCCAGCCCAAAGGAGAAGACAUGGCUGCAGCAGCCAUCAGGAGGAUUGUCACCACGGCCCGGGCCAGUACCAAGAAGUUCCGUAAGGUGACGCUGACCGUGUCCCCCAAAGGGAUCGUCAUCUCCGACACAGAGACAGGAGAGCUCGUGGAGAACGUCUCCAUCUACAGAAUCUCGUACUGUACGGCCGACAAGACGCAGGACAAGGUGUUCGCCUACGUCUCCCAGAGCCAGUUCAACGAGACGCUGGAGUGCCACGCCUUCCUCUGUCAGAAGAAGAAAAUAGCACAGGCAGUCACACUCACCGUAGCGCAGGCCUUCAAAGUCGCUCUAGACCUCUGGGAAAUCGCACAAGAAGACAAAGGAAAGAAAGCGCGCAUGUGCUGUUCCUGCUCAGACACGAACCCCCAGACAGAGAACACAAGAACGCACACCUCUCCCGUCUCUGCAGACUCUGAGAAGGUGCCGUCCCUGAGCCUGGCCGAGAGACUGCGGAAGCCGUUCCUGUCCACCUCCCUCCAUUCGCCGUCGCCGCGCAGCAACCCCACCAAGAGGCGGCCAAUCAAACACGACUCCUGGGAUGUGGAGGACGGUUUAGAUGAUGCCUUCUCAAGCAAUAUGGAGGUAGAUGAGAUGGAGCCAGGAGGAGGUGGUGGUGGUGUGAUGGCUGUUAUUUGGGAGGCUGAGCUGAAGCAUCUGACUCUAUGUCACCUGAUGCAUCACUAUAUAUGCAAAACUGUGCUGUUACUACUGGCGGAGUCCCGCACCGGACCGUCGCUGCCUGAAUCUACAGGUCUGACUCUAACAGCAGCCGACCUGGAAGACUUACUGUCAGGCAGCGAUGAGGACGACUGGUGA